CAACAAUCACCAUUAUCUGGUCACCACUUUUCACGAUACGGGACGAAUCUGUAAUGAUGACGAGUGUUUCCUUCGGCCAUUGUUGAGGCAACGGGGAUAAUUCUUCUGCGGGUUCACACCUACCAUCAUUGGAUAAAGACACUCGAAUCAUUCAGGUACUUGGAGUCCUCGAGGAGCAUAUAUAAGCGGCGUGAAGUACUGUUUAUACAAACACUGCCUCAUGUCCACACACACAGAGUGUUCUAGGUCGUCUCUGACUCUGACAGCGCUCUUCGCCAUUCCUUGAGUGGAUACAUAUUUUUACUCCUAUAUCAACUGUAUCCUCUCAUUUGGAUAGUUAUUACGCACAAGGAUUCAGUUUUUUUUUCUGGACAGAAUGGCUGUUGCUGCAAAGUUCAGUUUUUCCGUGAGGAGCAUCCUGGAUUUGCCUGAGCAUGACGCAAAGACAGCGCAGCCUUCCCCCGGUAACUCCUGCUACAGCUCCCCUUACUCCUCCUGGAUGGACAGCGACCGGAGCCCUUGUCUCUCUUCAGAUGAGGGUAGCCUGGAGAUCUCCCCAAACAAGUCAGACGAGUCUUCUCUGGACUCUGAGGCCGAGAAGAAGAAGAAGCGCCGCGUGCUCUUCUCAAAGGCCCAGACCUUCGAGCUUGAGAGGCGCUUCCGUCAGCAGCGCUAUCUGUCAGCACCAGAGCGGGAGCAGCUCGCCCAUCUCCUCAGCCUGACGCCGACGCAGAUCAAGAUCUGGUUCCAGAACCACAGGUACAAAAUGAAGAGGUCGCGAGUAGAGGGAGCGCCACAAGACAUAAACCAAUCGCCAAUGUUGCGAAGAGUAGUGGUACCCAUCCUAGUUCGGGAUGGCAAGCCUUAUCAGACCUGUUUCAUUAACACGGAGAAAGGAGGCUGUCUUAGACCGACCACGUCCCCGGGUACACCCUUCAGUUUGGGAUACCAGUCUUUCCAGCUUCCGUCGCCGUUCGGUCUACCUUCCCCAUACCAGCAUUUUGCCAGCCCGGCAGCAUCUAGACACACCUUUGCUUGGAGAGACUUUCUGAACGACUCAGUUCAAUUCAGUUAUUUUAAGUGACUGAAAACAUAAACAAGAGGACAUUGCAUAGAGGAACACUUAAAACCAAAUAUGUUUUCUGAAUUCCCUUAUUUUUCGAGGUACUUAAGUGUUAAACUCUCACUAAUAAUGUUGUAUGAGAAGUAGGCUAUUUUGCACAUAUUUUAUUUUUGGUAUUUUAUUAAAUGUAGCCUAUUGAGUGACAUUUUCGAAUGAUUAAAGUCGUUAUUAGUUUGUUGUAAUCUGGUGGUAGGCCUAUGGACAUUAUACUCCUAGAUUAAGUUUUGUUUAUCCAAUUGGAUCAUUGUUGUGUUUACUUUGCGUAGGCUUAUUUUAUCAGUAAUUUAACAUUUCUGUAAUUUUUAUGAAUUUCGAAUCUACACCAAGUUAACUGUCAAAAGUACGAGGGAAUUAGGAUAUAAUUGCUUUGGAAAAUGUUUUUCACUUUUGUCUGGAAAUGUUAUAGAACAUAAUCGUUAUAUUGAUUGGUUGGCCUUAAAUGUUUUGUGUUUUUAUAGAAUUACGAAUAAAUCUUGUACAUG